AUGUCGACGUUCGCCGAUCCGCCCCAUUCAGAUGGCUUCCAAAGAUCGGCUACCAUACAACGGAAACCUUCGGGGUCCUCAGGUUCCAUCGAAGACGAGAAACGGGGCGCCGACCCAGAAGUUGUGGUCAACAACGGUGAAGACAGAAUCGAUGAAGAACAUCUUUCGAGCCCUACGUUCUAUCAAAGAUUUCGCCCUUUUAUCCUGGCAGUAGUGGCAGCCGUGAUUCUGGGAUGGUGGAUUAGCUCAAUUGUGCUGAAGGCAACCCGACAUCGUUGGAUCGUUCAGACGCUCUGGGCAUGGUUCUUCCUUCUUGUCAUUGCCUUCAGGUUCAUACCUAAUCGAAUCGUCACGAAACCGGUCGGUGCAGUCUGGGGAACUCUCGUUUCAGGACCUUUCUUCAAGCUUCCCUACAUCACUCGUCUCGCUAUCGGAUGGUUGUGUUUAGUUGCUAUCGUUUUUGGCUCCGCUUUCGGUUUCAAACCGCCAAAUGGUUCGACCUAUGUCGACCGUGUGAUUUCGGUUUCCGGACUUGUCCUGUUCCAGUUAUGUUUCUAUGCUGCAUCUAAAAGUCACAAGGAUAUCUCCUGGCCCACGGUUGUCGUUGGUCUCUUCAGUCAACAGGCAGUCGCCCUCUUUGUUCUCAAGAGCAAUGCGGGUUUCUCCAUCUUUAAAUGGGUUGCUGACCUUGCGGCCGAUUUUCUAUCACAAGCCAACCCAGCUGCCCAAUUCUUCUUUGAUGCGGAAACAAUUGGAAAACACUGGUUCUUUGUCAACACGCUCGCUGCAAUCAUCUUCUUCAUUGCAUUCGUGCAGGCUCUCUAUUACCUUGGUGUCAUGCAAUGGGUCCUUGACAAGUUCGCAUGGUUUUUUUUUAAGAUCAUGAACGUUUCGGGAGCUGAGGCCGUUGUAGCCGCCGCUUCCCCCUGGAUCGGUCAAGGAGAGUCGGCUUGUCUAGUCCGUCCCUACGUUGAUUUAAUGACUGACUCGGAACUUCAUUUGACGAUGACAUCUGGUUUCUCUACCAUCGCCGGCUCUGUGAUGAUAGCCUACAUCAACCUGGGUGUUCCCCCACAGAAUCUGGUCACUUCAUCGGUCAUGAGUAUACCCGCGUCAAUUGCGAUUAGCAAAAUGCGUUUCCCUGAAACGGACGAGCCUGUCACUCGUGGGCGAGUCGUCAUAGACCGGGGAGUGGAGAAGAACAAGCCUUCCAAUGUCGUCCAUGCAUUCAGCAACGGCGCCGUCUUUGGGCUUGUCGUUGCUGGACAGAUCUUGACCAACGUGCUGACCGUUUUGGCCCUCGUUGCCGCCGUUAACGGGUUCCUCACCUGGAUUGGCAAAGGCUUCGGUAUCCAUGCCCUCACGCUGGAGCUUAUCCUGGGUUAUGUUUUCUACCCGGUAACCUUUUUCCUCGGUGUCCCACGUCCAGAAAUCCUCCGCGUCUCCAGACUUCUUGCUACUAAACUCGUCGCAAACGAGUUCGCAGCGUACCUCACCCUGCAGGAUUUGAUGAAAAGCGAAAGUCCGCUUUCAUAUCGUGCACAUACGAUCGCUACAUAUGCUCUUUGUGGUUUCGCAAACCUUGGUUCUCUAGGUAUCCAAAUUGGUGUUUUGGGUGCCAUGGCUCCUUCGAAGAAGAGUGUGCUUGCUAAGAUUGCUUUCUCUGCUAUGAUUUGUGGGUUCCUGUCGACUUUGCAGACAGCAGGUAUUGCGGGUAUGCUUGUAUAA